GCGCUCCGGCCGUGCCCGGGUGAGCCCACGCGGCUGCCCGGCACCCUGCGAGACCCAGGUAGAUGACGUCCGGGGCCCAGGCUCAGACAUGCGGCUUGAAGAACUCUGUGGACGCGCCGUACGUGGCGCUGGAACUGGCCAUCGCCGUGCUGUCUGUGGCGGGCAACGUGCUGGUGUGCGCCGCGGUGGGCACGUCGAGCACGCUGCAGACGCCCACCAACUACUUCCUGGUGUCUCUGGCGGCGGCCGACGUGGCGGUGGGGUUGUUCGCCAUCCCGUUUGCCAUUGUCAUCAGCCUGGGCAUCGAGACUGACUUCUACAGUUGCCUUUUCCUUGCCUGCUUCGUGCUGGUGCUCACGCAGAGCUCCAUCUUCAGCCUUUUGGCCGUGGCCGUCGACAGGUACCUGGCCAUCCGCGUCCCGCUCAGGUAUAGGAGUUUGGUCACUGGGACCCGAGCAAGAAGAGUCAUUGCUGUCCUCUGGGUCCUAGCCUUUGGCAUUGGAUUGACUCCAUUCCUGGGAUGGAAUAGAAAAGACAUGAAUAACCAAAAUUGCACGGAGUCCUUGAAUGCAACCACAAAUGAAAGCUACUUCCGCCCAUGUUUGUUUGAGGAUGUGGUAUCCAUGAGCUACAUGGUGUAUUUCAAUUUCUUUGGGUGUGUCCUACCCCCCCUUCUCAUAAUGCUGGUGAUCUACAUGAAGAUCUUCACCGUGGCCUGUAGACAGCUUCAGCGCAUUGAGUUGAUGGACCACUCCAGGACCGUCCUCCAGCGGGAGAUUCAUGCAGCCAAGUCCCUGGCCAUGAUUGUUGGGAUAUUUGCUAUGUGCUGGCUACCAGUACAUGCCAUCAACUGUAUUACUCAUUUCCUACUAGACAAGCCUAGUGAUAAACCCAAGUGGACAAUAAACAUGGCUAUUCUCCUAUCACAUGCCAACUCAGUUGUCAAUCCCAUUGUCUAUGCUUACCGGAACCGAGACUUUCGCUAUACUUUUCACAAAAUCAUCUCCAGGUAUGUUCUCUGUCAGACAGAUGUCCUCAAGAAUGGGAACAGACAGGCGGGCACACAGCCUGCUCUUAAUAUGGGCCUAUGACCUAGGCUCUGGCCUUUUCAAGAAGGCACAAAUUCACAAUAAACAAAAGGACAGGACAUAACUGAUUCUCAUUGUGAAAGACAAUUACACCUCAUAAGCAUAUGGGCUGCUUCUUUUGAAUAUUUCUCUGGAAUUGUCAUUUAUCUGGUUAAUGUGUACAUGUUAAUAGUAGGCUCCAAGGGUUGACAAAUGUUUUUAUGGUUCUGGCUGGCUGCUUUUACUGUGUAGAUGAUGUUGAUGGCUUGAAUAGAUUGUAAAAGACUUUGAGUCUCACUCUUUCAUGGUAGCAAAUGAUUGAAACUAUUUUACUGUGAAACACUGUGAAUUAUUAUACAAAUAUUUUUAAUUUAGAAGCAAUGGAAAAAUAAAAAUUUGACAUACUAAAAAUAUGCCUGUUCCUAGGGAGGUGA